UGUUUGCCCGCGCGGGAAGAAAAAAAACGAAAUAGAAUGUUUCGUAUAAACUUUGUUUUCUGCACGAUUUACCUGCGUAUUGGACUGGCCACGCGAUAUUCCCAUGAGUUGGAUCAUUUGGUGCGUUUAGUUCGUCACGUUCAAGUCCACCUCAUUGUGCCAAAAUCAGCCAACGCAGGCAGGCCGAUGAAUGCAACGCCUUGGCUGUGGUCGGCGCAUACUCUCCACACACACAACGAGAAAGAGGGCGAGGAACAGAACAGGGUGGGAGGGUUUGCUAUAGACGGGGAGCGAAAGCAAGAGAAAGAGAAAGCCAAGCGUAGCACAAGGCAGGCUGCUAGCUGAACAGGGCAGCAUGGCGGUGGUACGGGAGUUCCAACAAGGCAGCCGCUGUCACAGAAAAACGUGGAUUAAUAUUAUACUCGGAAUUCUACCGCUACUUUUGCCCUGCAUACAGCAUGGAGGGGCUCAAUUGCAAGCCCUGAGUCAAAUGUCCAGCGUGGUCGAGGUCUGGCAAGCUGAGGAUGCUGACCCAGUAGUCCCAACUCAGGUGGAAGAGCGCAGCAAAGGCAGUCUUCCACUGGAAGAGAGCUCCUCGUUCUAUGUGCCGGAGAAUGGAAGGCCGCUGCGCUUCCAGCCACCAUCGCUGGAGUUUGGGGCACAGCCACUGGGGCUGCCAAGAGCUGAAACCAUAUACAUACACAACCCCAGCCAGGAACUUCCAGUGACACUGCUGUCAAUGUUUACAUCCAGCAGACAUUUCCACAUGCCUUCGUUCCACAGAAGGGUAAUCCCACCCAGAGGGAAGGCCUCAUUUAAACUGGUCUUCCUCCCGACGGAGGAGGGCAACGUAGAAAACUCAUUAUUUAUAAACACAUCGGCCCACGGGGUUCUCUCUUACCAGGUUUUUGGUUUGGGCGUCCACCGGGGCUCUUUAAAUGGGGUCAAUAGGAAGGACAGUGUCCUCAUAUUCCCCCACAUCCAGAGCAUCAAGCUAAGCCAAACUCAGGAAGAUUCUUCCAACAUCACUAUCCUGGGGCUACUGCUAGAGUGCAGUUUACCCAAGAGCAUGUACAGCCAGCCGCAGGGGUCCUGCUUCCAGAGCAUUGAGGACCAUGCGGCCGGGGUAGAGCAGCGACUCAACCUCCAGAUCAGGCUGUCGGAAAGCACAGAACGCCCCGCUGACCUGGACAAGCUCAAGCCCUACAUCAUCGAGCACAUCCUGGUCCUGUUGGUCGCCCCAGCGACGGGCCGUGGCUCCACCAAUGGGGAGCCAAACAUAGGAAUUUAUAUGUUGAAUUCAGGAGGAAAGAAACUUUAUGUUAAGGAAAUACAGCUGUUAUCCAAAGUGGACAGCACUCUGGAGUUCAGCCCAGUCCUGCUGAGAGCAUCAGCAGCAAACUUCACAGAAGUGGCUACGCUAGCCUGCAGAGAUGCUAAUGUAGCUAUCAUGAAAAUGAAAAUAAAUACCAUGAUGAUCUGGACAAGACUGCCGAAUCGAGGCAAAGCAGGGUCUCUGCCAGGUCAGGAUAGAAGAUGCUCCAGUCAUAUUAGCCUACAGGUCUUGGGGAAUCACACAGUGAACACUUUCCCUGGCUUCCACAUCACACUCAGGGGGUUGGAGCUGUCUAGUCUCUUUCAGGUGAGACUGGGGCAGAGAGGAGCCGACCACGUGGACCUGUGGCUGACCAACACCCUCCACUUUCCCCUCGCCGUCCAGGACGCCACCCUCUCCCCGGAGUCCCAGGGCUUACUGAAGGUGGUCAACUUCAGUGGGGCAGUGUCAGUGCCCCAGGGUGGCUGCUGGCGGCUCCUCUCCCUGCAGCUCCUCAACAGGAGCCUGCCCCUAAACCUGCUAUCCACCCUCUCCCUGACCACUGGCUUGGGUCUGGCCCUGAAACUACCCCUCCACUUUCACUCCACCCUGGCCAAGCAGGGUAAUGUUGUGUUUGAAGCAGAGGGCGAGUGUGGCCGACUAUGUCCUCUCAGACUGUCAGAAGCAGGUCGUGUCCAGUGGCAGCGCUCUCUUCUCGCAGACUCCUCCUCCUGGAUGCUGGACAGCAGACUGGCCUCGGAGCUCUGCUCUCGCUGGCAAAUCCGCAAAGACCAGCUGCCUUGCAGGUGGCCAAGACUACCAGCAGAGACCUCAUCCCCUCUAGACUUUGGUGCUGUCCCUGUCAAUGAAAGCAAGGUUAAGCUGCUGACUCUGAAGAACCCCUCCUCCUCUGUGGUGUGUGUGGAGAUCAGAGCCCUUUCCCUGUACCCAGCUCCCCUGGAAGCCCUUGACCUCCUCACCAAAUGGUUCAAUAUCAGCCCCCUCUCUGUCAACAUCAGCACUACAGAGUUCACUCUGCUGCAUGCAGAGCACAAGGGCAGGGAGAGUGUGAGGGGAGAGGGAGCGUUGCGUCUCCUCCUCCAGCCGUGGGAGAGCAGGGAGGUGACUGUGGUGUUCACCCCCUCCGAACACAAACCCACCACCACCAUCCUACUCAUCAGGAACAAUCUGACAGUGUUUGACAUGGUGAUGGUGCGGGGUCAUGGGGCCAAGGAGCUGCUGAGGGUGGGGGGCAAGCUGCCGGGCCCCGGAGCCUCAUUACGCUUUAAUGUCCCUCAGUCCACCCUCAUGGAGUGCCGAGAUGGCCUGCGCACCAACAAGCCUCUGUUUGCCAUCUGGAAGAGCUUCAAGGUAGAGAACGCCGGGGAGCUGCCCCUUACGGUCACGUCCAUGAACAUCAACGGCUACAAGUGCCAGGGCUUCGGCUUCGAGGUGCUGCAGUGCAGGUCCUUCAACCUGGACCACAACUCCUCCUCCGAGAUCACCAUUGCGUUCACUCCAGACUUCACGUCGUCCUGGGUGAUCCGGGACCUGACCCUGGUGACGUCACGCGGCUCAUUGUUCCCCUUCACCCUCAACGUGACGCUGCCCCACCACAUGCUGCCCCUCUGUGCCCAAGUGGUGCCCGGCCCCAGCUGGGAGGAGACAUUCUGGGUGGUCACCCUCAUCUUCACCUGCUUCUCCCUGGCGGGUGUUUGUCUGAUGGCUUUCCACCAGGCCCAGUACAUCCUGACUCAGUUCUCCAGCCCCACCCCCCGGAGCAUCCACAACUCUGCCCUGUCCCGGGACAACGGCCCCGUCAACAUCACCCCCAACGGAGUCAAUAAAUUGAAGGGCAGCUGCAAGACAUAUGUGGACACCUGCCACAACUCUGACAAAGGAAAGGGGCGUGGCUCCCCGGCAGUGGCCAACGGCUCCACCCCCCGGCCCCAGCCCCUCUCCACCUCCUCUUCCUCCUCCAAGAAGGGUGCCUCCACCACUCCCUCCCAGCCGCAGAAGAAACACAAGGUGUCCGUUUACUACGGCAAGUACAAAACCAGCUCCUACGCUACAGCGGCGGCGGCCGCCACUGCGACCGAGGAAGAACGGGAACUAGACCUAACGCCCGACCUGGGAACCCUGGAACCCGACCUGUGCACGGACGCCUGCAACAACAACGAGCCCACGUUCCUCUGUCAAAUCGACGUUAAGAAAACGACACAGCACUUUAAGGAAGCCCCACCACAGAGCGACGCCCAGCGUGAGGACAGCAAAGGGCCGGUGGCGGUUAUGUUUCCCGUGGAAACGCAGGCCGGCUUCCCCGACAAUGUCACCAUGGUCCCAGGCCCCCGACCGGGUCUCCUGCUGUGCAGCCCCGUGACAGAGAAAGGGUGCGGCCUCCGUACACAUUCACAGUUUGUGGAGAAGAGGGACACAACGACGAAAAGGGACAACUCUGAGCUAGAGACCAGAGAGGAUGGUAAAAUCCAGAGGAAGAAGGCAGAGAAGACGGAGGCUGGUGUCCCAGCCGGGAACAGCAAGGCAAAGAAGAGUCGUAAGAAGAACACAGAGCGGAUUUCUGGGCUACCUGAACACAGUGUGGUUGUGACGUCGGUACAGGAGAGGGAACCGGAGUGGAGAACGGGAGAACAACAACAGAAUAUGAAUGGAACCCGCACUCGGAACCGCUGCUCCACAGGAAAAGCAGACGCACCGAAGCCCAGCCCCGACAGCCCCCUCAAACAGAACGGCGUGUGUCUGGUGCGGCCACGGCGGAAGUGCGCGGAGCGGCGCGUGGCGUGCGAGUCGGGCUCAGACUCGGGCAGCUCAUCGGGCAGCGUGCGGGCCAGCCGCGGCAGCUGGGGCAGCUGGAGCUCUGCCAGCAGCAUUGAGGGAGACAAGGACCCCAGCACUCCGCACCACCGCCCACACCACUGUGCUACCUCAGCCAGGAAAAGGGACUCCAUGCAGUACGGUGUCUACCCAGCCGAGAGGGACUGCUACCAGACCAUGAACUCCACCUACAAGGCCCAGAGCAUGAAUAAUCUGUACAGGAAGGAGCCUUGCCAAAGCCCAACAGAGCCCGCCCCGGUGCCCCCCAGCUUUGCCCCCAGCUUCGCUUCUGUAGCAGCCCGCAUGGACAGAACCAUGGAUGUGGCGGGCCACUAUUUGCCUGAGGAGACGUGGUCGGCACCCUCCGUGCCCCUCACCAAUGAGUUCAGGUACAACACCUCAGAGGCCGUGCCCUACGUACCUCAAGCCUCAGCACCCGCACCCUUCAACGGCUUCCCUUGGAACAGUGCCAACAGCCAAUGUAACAGCCCGUACGUGUACUGUGACCAGGGCAACUACGUGUCAGCAGGCAACACCAACUUCCACAACAGUUUCCCAUGCCAGCCAGAAAGCCAGACGGUAGCCUACAGCCACCAGCCCAGCUGGAGAGAGGAAUGUUCCCAGGAGGCUCCCUCGUCCUGGGAUACAGCCGGCUGUGUGGGCAGCAAGCCCUAUUUCCCCGGCACCAGGAGCCUGUCCCCCAUGUCCAGUCUGUUCGGUUCCAUCUGGACCCCCCAGAGUGAGCCGUACCAAAGCCACUUCCAACCCGAGCGCUCAGCCCCCAUGUCCCCCGUCUGCCCCAUCACCCCGCCUCACGCCCCCUUCAACAGGGAGCCCGGGGGCAUGUGCCGCCCCAAGCAGUACUCCAGCUUCAACCCUUUCGGCCCCCACAUGAACCUGGACAUUUGGAACUCCUCAUCCAACCGCAGCUCAAACUCGCAGCUGUCCAACGACUCAGGCUACUGUGGUGACAUUUAAUCAAAACCUGGCAUAACCGACGACAACAAACAAAAACGAUGCUAUAAAAGAAAGGAACGAGAAAUGAAUGUGCUUUUAUCGAUAAUGGGGGGAAAAAUGUGAAUAUUCCUUUACUUUUAUGUUAUUUUUUUCUUUCAAACGUUCAAUGUUGUGAAAGGUUAAGCAUUUGUUGUAUAUUUUUCUAGAUGUUUUGAUCAUAGAAAAUUAAAACAUUUAAAAAGUUUUGUA